AUGAUUGGCCCGCAAAUGGUGGAUAAGUCUCCAUCGCAGAUCUCGAUGAACGAUGAGAGCAAGCCGGUCGUCCUGUCGCCAAUACGCUUAUUUGUGUCGAAUUUCCCCUUCAAAUGGGAUAAGGAGGAUCUGAGGAACUUUUUCAAAGACUAUGCUCCCGUUACGGACGUGGAUGUUGUUUACAAUGAUCGUGGCAGCAAAGGAUUCGGCUUUGUUACGAUUCCAGACGAGCAAAGGUGCGAAGCGGCUCUGUUGUCCCUGAACAAGAAAGUCGUCGAAAGUCGUGUGAUUGAAGUGCGCCCUGCGCAUCUCACGCGGCAUGUCUUGCAACCAGCCUCGUCUUCCCCUCAGCCGUACCAUCCCCGUAAAAAACUGAAGCCAAUGAAGAUGAUGCAGCCGAUGCCUCAAAAUCAAAUUCCCAUGGCCCCCGUGAUGCAAGGAUCUCCGUAUCCGAUCAAUUACGGCGAUUAUCCGAUGGGCAUGCUCGGCUUCAACCCAAUGAUGCACCAAUAUGUACAGCCCGAUCUCCAACAAAUGGCGCCCUUCCAGAACCCCUACUUGCCGAUGACGCUACAACUCGUCCCGUCCGCAUUCCUAAACCCGCUUGGCCAAGCGGCUGUGAUGAACUUACAACAGGCCGCCUGCAUGAUGCAACCGCAACUCACCCAGCCCCCGUUUUUCUACAUGGGUCAACAACCAUACCAGGGAUGGCCCAUGGUGCCCCCUGCUAAUAAUUCGCUUGAAGCGCCGCCACGA